GGGAGAAAUAACUGAGAUAAAUUAAAAUGAUUAAUAUAAAAAGAGAGAAUCGUUGAGUAAAAAUCACAAUUCACGAUUGGUACAGAUAGUUGAGAUCAAAAUGUGGAGAAUCAAAUAUCUUGUGGCGUUAAUUGUCCUCUGUUGUCAAACUACAGGCACUUUUUCAAGGCCAGACGAUGCAAUUCAAGGUUAUCCGUAUUGGAUUAUGGAGAUGAAAAUAGGAACGAGGAAUUUAUCACCAAGAAAGCCAAUUAUUAUUAAUGAAGGAUCUUCUUCCUGUAAUUGUGGUAAUUGUGGAAAUUGUGGUAACUGUGGAUCAUCAGUGGAGACAACAGAAAAAAAAGAAUCAGGUCGAAGAAAUAAAACUAUUGAAGAAAUAAUGGCCAAAUCCACUUUACCCUUAGUCAAUCUGAAUGGUAGUCUUUAUUACUACGAGACGACACAAACGAUGAAUUACUUUGCAGCCAUGCAAUUCUGCAGACAAAAGGGAAUGGAACUUGUGAGCAUUGAAACUGCAGCUGAAAAUGAGCGAAUAAUGAAUUAUAUCAAAACGAAAGUCAACAAAAUCGACCAUUUCUGGACAUCCGGAAACGAUUUGAGCGUUGAAGGAAAAUACAACUGGCUUUCUACAGGAGAACCUUUCUCUUUCGUCGAUUGGAAACCUCCAGUACCGGAUAACCUAGGCGAUGAAGAUUGUGUAGAGAUCCGAGAUUUUGGUGGCGAUCGCUAUGGCUGGAACGACAUGGCAUGCAUGCACACUCUGAACUUUAUUUGUGAAGCAAAAGUAUGCACUGACUUUUGCCUGCAAUGAAUAAUGUUAUCUUUUUCGUGAUAUUCCAAUAAAAUGCCUUUUCCAUA